AUGAUCUCUGAUAUUCAAAACCACUCAGAUGAUGAGUCAAAAAAUAAUAAACCUUUCUUAUUGUUUAUGAUAAAUAAUAAUAAGGAAAAGUUGAAUAUCGACAUGCAUAACAUAAAGGAAAAGGACAAACUUAAUUUUAACUUAAAUAAAACACAGGAAAAUACGAGUGCCACUAACAACAACAAUAAUACCAAUGAUAAGACAAUUUAUGAAAGUAGUGUGUGCAAUGUAAAAAAUGUAGGACAUGAUAUUAUUCCUUGUAUUUUUAUGGAUGAAAAAGAAAACAAAGUAAAAAAUUUCAAACAAGAUGAAACAUAUGGUAUGAAAUAUUCUAAACGUAUUAACGACGAUUUACAAAAAAGUAAUUUAAUUACUAUGGGCGACGAUAAAAAUUCAAAAUUCGAAAAAAAUGAUGAUUAUAUCAAUAUAAACAAUAAAAUUUCUGAUCAUAUUAAAAAUAAUACUAAUUAUAGCAGUAAUGAUAGUACAAGCGACAGUAGCCAUAAUAAUAAUAUGUUUUAUGAAGAUAUAUUAAGCUCACCAAAUAGUCAAAUGUCAGUUUUAAACUCAAAUGAUUCAGAAAAUUGUCAAUUGAUGGAUGUUAAUUCGACUGAAAUAGUUCAAAAUUUAAAAAAUAACAUAAAGAUCAAUUUAAAGACUUUUAAGAAAAAUAAUAUUUAUGAAAAUUCUAUGAAUACAGGAAUUCAAAGUGAUCAAUUGUCUAUAAAUGAAAGUACAUAUAAAAACUGUAACAUAUAUAAUAAGGAUUGUACAGCCAUAAAUUAUAUCAAAAAUAGUAGUAAUUACACUGAUCAAAAUAAAAACUCCCAAAAUAGUGAUGAAGAUAAAGAAAGGGGAAUACAUCAUAAAAUUGAUGAUAAUAAGAAAUAUACAAUGAGUUAUGUAAAUAGAAAUAAAAGAAAUAAUAUAAUUAUUGGUGAUGAAAAAUAUAUAAAUGUAGACAAUAGAUAUAAUAAAAUAAUAGAAAAACAAACAGAUAAAAUGUUCAUUAAAAAUAGUGUAAAAAUUAACAAAUCAGAAAGCAAUCAAACUGAAAUUAAAAAUAAUGAUAAAGAUCAGGGAAAAUGCGAUGUGGAAAUAGUUGAUGAUAUAAUUAAACAACAUAAUAAUAGAUUUAAAAAUAAAAAGGAAAUCAAAAGUAUAAAAAAUAAACUUGUAAAUAAAAGGAAAUUAACAAUGGAAAAAAUUAUAAAGGAAAUACACAAAUGGGAAAAAGUUAAUUAUACAUAUGAUCGAUUAAAAAAAUGGAAUAUCUCUGAAAAAAAUAGGUGCAUCAAUAUUUACGGGAAUCGUGUGCAUAUUAUUAGAUGUUUGAAAAAUAAAUAUAAUAAUAUGAACAAUUAUAUUAUUUUUAACAAUUCUACACACAAGAUGGGAAAUCAUGCUGUUCUUAAACAAGAUAAUGAAAAAAUUGAAAAUUCAAUAGAAAGCAAAGUUGGGAAAUUCGAACAAAAUCAUAAACAAUGUAAUGAUAAUAAUAAAGAAAAAUAUAUUGGUGAACAUAAAAAUACCGAUGUUAAAAGUGGAAUUGACAAUUCAAGUUAUAUUAAAAAAUAUAUAACGCUAAAAAGAAUUAAGGAACGCUUUCUGAGUUGUAAAACGAAAUGUAAUAAUUUCGAUGAAGGUAAUAAAAGUAGAAAUAUAAAAAACAACAAAAUACACAAGAAAAAAGGUAAAGCACAUAAGAAUAAGACGAAUAAAAAUAAUUUAUACACACUUUUUGAAAAUAAAAAUGAUGGAUAUAGAAAUAUUGUAACAACUCACAAAAUAGGGAAAGAAGAAACUAAAAGGGAUCCACAAAAUACAUUAAUAAAAAAUGGACAUAUUGGAUUAGUAACAAACCAGUUAAGUAAUUCAAGUAAAAAAAAUGAAGAACCAAAUAAUGACAAAAGUAUAAAUAUUAUACAAGAAAAUAAAAAGACACAAAUUAAUGUGGAUGAAGAAACUAAACAUAAUUACUCAUUAAACAGAACUAAUUGUAGCAAUUAUGAUUUAAAAAUCAAUAACGAACAUAGUGGUCAAAAUAUAAAUAAUAAUAAUGAUAAUAAAAAUGUUUUGAAAUGUACGAUAAGCGGUUAUAUAGGUAGUAAAGACAAAAAUAUAUUAACAAAUAAAGCCAUAGACAAUCAAAAUGAAUUAAAUAUGCUUCAAAUAAAAGACGACCACUCAAAUAAUACAAAGAUAAACCAAACUGAUAUAAUGCAAGAUGGGCAUAUUAAAUGUAAGGAGGGAAAUAUUGAUGAAAUUUUAUAUAGUUCUAAAAAUGAUUUUAAUACGAAUUUAAAUAUUUUAAAUGAAAAUCCAAAAAAUGUUGUUAUAGAAAAUAGUACUCAAAUUACAAGUAAUCAAAGUAAGACAAAUAAUAAAAAUAGUGAUCAAACAUCUAACCAUGUUAAUAAUGAAAACUCUAAACAUAUAUAUCAAUCAAAUACUAAUAUAAACAUUGAAGAUUCAUUAAUAUGUGCAAAUGAAAUAAAUAUGAAAAGUUUACAUAAUAACAAUGAUCAAAUUGAAGAAAAUCGAUUGUCAAGCAAUACAAAUAUGUUAAACUAUAUUAUAAGUAUAUUAGGGAAUGGUAGUCAUGGAUUUUGUGAUACAUUUGUAAAUGGUAACAACUAUAAAAAAAAUAGUUCUUAUGAAAUUACAAUUGGUAAUAAUAAAUCAGAAAAUGAUGUAUCUAAAAAUAAUGAAUGCUCAGAUAAAGUACAUACCAAUUUACCUUUGUUCGGUGGUAUAAAUAGAUAUGUUACAUGUCCUUACAAUAGUCAAAUAGUAAAAACAAACCAAAUGAUGGUACAAAAUGAAUAUCCUAUAACUACUAUCUCCAAAAAUAUGAAUAACAAUAUGGUUAUAUUAUAUAAUAAUAAAAAUAAUGACAAUAAAAGUAGUAACAUUAGUAUGAGUUUGAAUAGUUAUUGUAGUCACAUAAAUAAAUAUCAUGGGCAUAUUAUGAAUUAUUGUAAUAAUAAUUAUUAUUAUAGCAUAUUUCCGAAUAUGUUAUCUAAUUUUUAUAACAAUUUUUAUCAAUUUAGUCCAAUUAUUACAUCAAAUAGCGAUAAUUAUGAUUACAUUGCAAAUAAUGAUAAAAAUAAUAUAUAUAGUAGAAAAUAUAAUAUAAAUGAUGAAAAUAAUAAUAUUAAUGAAAUAAAUGGUUUGAAUAUAAUUAAUUCACCAAAUUUAUUAAAUAUAGAAAUUAAUAAUGAUUAUAAAAUAGGCUAUAUUAAUGACGAAAAUGAUAAUUAUUUUAACCCAACAUAUAUGAAUCAAUUCAAUGCAAAAUUAGAUCAUGAAAAACAUUUGGACAGCAUAAAUAAAGAGACAAAUAUAGAUGCAAUUGACGAUAAAAGCUCAAAAAAUGAGUUCGAAAAUAAAAGGAAAAUUGAAGAUACAAACAAUGAUAUAAUAGGAAAUAAUGAUGGGACAAAUAAUGAAAAUGGUGAAAAUGAUGAAAAUAAUUAUAAAAAUAACUCCCUAAAAGAAAAUAAUAAUAUCGAAGAAUUAGAUAAAAACAUUAGCAUCGAUCAUGCAUGUAAUGGAAAUGGUUCAAUAAGCAUUAAAAAUGAUUUAAAUAAUGAAAGAAUAAGGAAUGGAAUUAUCGAAGGGAAUAUAAAAAAUGUAGAAUGUCAUAACGGAGAAUUAAUAAAAUUAAAUAAAAUUUAUAACAACAACGGCCAUGAAUAUGAAUAUAUUAAUAAUAGAAAGUCUGAUGAAUUUUAUAAAAAUGAGGGAAAUAAUAAUUGUGAAAUAGUUUCAAACGAUGGGAAAAAUGAAAUAUGCUCAAGUUCACAAAAUGCAAAACAAAAACGUCAUAAUAUUUUGGAAUCAAACAUUAGUAAUUUUAUAGAAGGCGAAACAUAUACAGAAAAUAAAAAUAGCGCCAAUUUCAUGAAUAAUUAUGAUGGAAUAUUAGGAGACAAUAACACAAAUAAUAAUAUUAUUGAUGAUGUAAAUAUAAGAGACAUAGAUAAAGAAAAUGACAAUAGUAAUAAUUUUAAUGGUUCUAAAAAUUCUAGUAAUGUAAAUAAUAAUAUAUAUGAAAACAAUAAUUCUGAAAAUAUUAUUUCUACACAUCAAAACCAUGGAAACUUGAAUGGACAUAGCAAUUUUCCAUUUUCAUAUAUGAAUCAAGAAACUACUAAUAUAAAUAAUAUUAAAUUUGAAAAUAAUGAUAUAAACUUAAAUACUGAUUUGUUAGAUAAUUCAAAUAAUAUUGCUUAUGACAAUAAUAAUAAUAAUAUUCAAAAGGAUAGCCAACAUAAUAUGUGCUACCCGCUUCUAAAUAAUGUUCUUCAUAAUUAUAGUGAUAAUAACCAUUAUUAUAAUACUCAAUUAUUAUUCGGAAAAUAUGAAACUAAUUUUGAAAAUAUAAAUAAAAAUUAUAAAAUAAAUAACGGAUAUAUAAACCAUUAUCAUCAAUUGGAAAAUGGAGAUAUGAUGAAUGUUGGAUUAGAUAACAGUUCUAGCAACUAUUGCAAUAAUGAAUCCAAUGAAAAUUCAAAUAACCAUUCAAGCACUUAUUGUGAUGGAUAUUGUAAUGGGGAAUAUGAAAAUUGCAAUAAUUCUGGUAUGGUUUGUAUUUUGGAAAAUAAUCAAAAUAAUAAUUUAAGCGGUUCUGAAGAUAUUCAAAAUGUUAAUAUAAAUUUUAAUGGAUUAAAUAUGCCAUUUAAUAAUGCAUAUAUGGAAAAUACACAAAAUAAUAAUAACUUAAAUUAUUUUAAUAAUGGUAAUAAUUGUAAUAUUUAUGAAUUAAAUUCUAAUUUUCAAAAUAUGUCUGAUGAUAAUAAUAAUAUAAACAUUGAUAUUUAUAAUAAUUGCAACUCUGGAAAAAUAGAGAAUUGUAACAAUUAUGACAAUAGUACUACCUAUAUAUAUACAAAUACUAUUUCCGCUCCUGUCGACACAAAUAAUGAUAAUUAUGAAAAUUUUUUAUGGAAUAUUUCUAAAGUAUGCAAUAAUGUAGGGAAUCUAUGUUACACCUUCAUUAGUAACACUAAUCCAUUUGCCCAAGGGAUGAGUAAUAAUUUAGAAAAUAGUUUAGAAAAAAUGAACAAUUUUGGGAAUGUAUAUACUUGCUUGGAAAAUAUGAAUAAUGAAGAAAAUUUUAAAAAUACAGAAAAUGGUGGGCAUUUAGAAAAUAAAAAAAAAAGUCAGAAUGCAAAUAACAAAUCAAUUUCAACUGGAAUUCAUAAUGAUGAUCAUAUUAAUUCUAGUAAUGAGGCAUUUGGUAGUGAAAAUGGAAAUUCAUAUAAUAAUAAUGUAAAAGACAAUAUUAUGAUAAAUAAUAAUCCAACAUCAGAAAAUACCAAAAAUAAUAUUACUGAUAUUAUAAAUGAAAACAAACAUUAUGGUUGCAGUUGGAAUAGUUUUGACUACCCAAUUAAGGCAGAAAUUGAUGAAACACAUUUGAUCAACAUUUAUAAUAAUUUAUAUGAAAAUCAGCAAAUUAAUAUGAUUGAUGAUUCCAAUAUAGCUAAAAAUAUAUAUUCGAAUGAUGCUAUUUAUGCUUAUUUAAAUACAACAAAUUACUUGGAUGCAUUAAAUAAUUUUAAUAACUCUAUGAAAUUUUGUUUUAUAAAUAAUAAGCUCAAUAAUAUAAAUUACGAAAACAAUAAUUAUGAAAAUAAUUAUUGUGUUAAAGACAUUUCCGACAAAUCAAAUAAUAGUAACACGGAAGGUAUUACCAUAAACAACAUAUGUGAUGAUCAGAUGGAUCAAAAUAAUAAUAACUCCAAUAACAUUCCAAAACAGAGGGUACUCAAUAGUAGCAUCGGUGAACAUUUUAACUCAUCCUUUGAGGCAUAUUCUAGUAGACUUUCUAAGGAAAAUUAUGAAGUAAAUUGCUAUCAAAGUAGUAGUUAUAGUGGUAACAAUAGCAAUGCCUCUCAUAAUUAUGACGUAUGUGUUAACGGCCAAAGAAAAGCCGGUAAAAACACCAAAACUGUAAACCGGACAAAAAUGAAAAAAACAAAUUGUAAGCCUGGACGAGUUGUGAAUAAGACUAAAAUAAAUCAAAAUAAAAAGAACUUAGGAAAAUCCAAUAAAAUUGCCCCCACAAAUCAUUCACGUUUUAAUAUGAAUUGCUGCAAAAAAGAGAAAAAUGGAACCGAAGGAAAUGAAAACAAUUGUUUAAAUUGGAAUGACUGCAAUAAAACUGGUGCCAAUUGUAGAAUGAUAACAACUAGGAAUCAAAUAAAAAAUAGUAAUUCCAGCGUAAUCAAUAUUAAUCGAGAAGAACAUGACGAUGAAAAUAAUAGCGCAAUUAAUUUGAUAAAUAAUAAAAGAGGAAGAAGGCAAAAAAUUAUGAAAAGAGAUAAUAUGGAUAAAAGGGGAAAAAGAUGUAAAAAAGAAAAGAAAAAAAAUAUUGUCAAAGAAGGAGAACUAAAAUUAACAUAUAAAGAGCGUCGCUAUAACAAGAAACAAGAAAUGAAGAGGAAAAAAUAUGAAACGCAAAAAUCAUUGUUAUCAAAUUUAGAUGAUAAUAUAAAAGAAAUGGUUGAUGAAAUUGUUAAAACUUCUUUUUUACUACCAGAAAAGGGUUUGAAAGGCAGAUAUGCAUUAGACUAUAAUCAUCCUAUUCAUAGUGUUUGGAAAGAUUCAACGAGAGGACAUUGUUCAUGGAGAUGUAGAUGGUGGGAAAAUGGAAGGAGAUUAAGUAAAAAUUUUAAUGUGAAAAGAUUUGGUAAUGAAUGCGCUUUACGAUUAGCCGUUGCAAUGAAAUUACACAAAAGUACUCCUAAAGAACAAGAACAUUUAUUAAAGCAACAACGAGAGUUUCUAAAGUUAUGCUAUAAAAAUAGGUGGAUAAAUAAUGAAGAAAAAUGUAUAGAUAAUAACAAUGAUAAUAAUAUUAAAAAUGGCGUUGAAACUAGUCCCGAGAAUACUGUUAAUAAAAAUAUUGAUAAUAAAUCUAAUGAUGCACACACAAAUAGCAGCGAUGACGAAACUAGCGAUAAAUGCAAUAAGAACAGCGUGCUACAUGAUGAGUGUAGUAGCGAAUAA